GUCCGCCGUCCGCCGCGGAGUGCGCGCCGGGCCGGGCCGGGCCGGGCCGGGCCGCCGGGCCUGCGCCGCCGCCGCGCCGACCAUGUCGGCGGCCAAGGAGAACCCGUGCAGGAAAUUCCAGGCCAACAUCUUCAACAAGAGCAAGUGUCAGAAUUGCUUCAAGCCCCGCGAGUCGCAUCUGCUCAACGACGAGGACCUGACACAGGCAAAGCCUAUUUAUGGUGGCUGGCUGCUCCUCGCACCCGAUGGGACUGACUUCGACAACCCAGUGCACCGCUCUCGGAAAUGGCAGCGACGGUUCUUCAUCCUCUAUGAGCAUGGCCUCUUGCGCUACGCCCUGGACGAGAUGCCUACAACCCUCCCUCAAGGCACCAUCAAUAUGAACCAGUGCACUGACGUGGUGGAUGGUGAGGGCCGCACAGGCCAGAAGUUCUCCCUGUGCAUCCUGACCCCCGAGAAGGAGCACUUCAUCAGGGCGGAGACGAAGGAGAUCAUCAGUGGAUGGCUGGAAAUGCUCAUGGUCUACCCCAGGACCAAUAAGCAGAACCAGAAAAAGAAGCGGAAAGUGGAGCCUCCCACACCACAGGAGCCAGGCCCGGCCAAGGUGGCUGUCACCAGCAGCAGCGCCAGCAGCAGCAUCCCCAGUGCCGAGAAGGUCCCCACCACAAAGUCCACGCUCUGGCAAGAGGAAAUGAGGGCCAAAGAGCAGCCCGACGGGAGCAGCCUGAGCCCGGCUCAGAGCCCUGGCCAGAGCCAGCCUCCUGCUGCCAGUGCCCUGAGUGAGCCGGGGCUGGAGAGCAAAGACGAGGAGAGCGCCAUGAGCAGCGACCGCAUGGACUGUGGCCGCAAAGUCCGCGUGGAGAGUGGCUACUUCUCCCUGGAGAAGACGAAGCAGGACUUGAAGGCCGAGGAGCACCCGCUGCCCCCGCCGCUCUCCCCGCCUAGCCCCAGCACCCCUAACAACAGGUACAGUGGCCCCGGAUCACCCUCCCAGGAGCUCGGUCCGCCCCUUCCUUCCCCAGGUCCUCGAGCCCCCAGCCGAAUGGUCUGCAGCGUCUCUCUCGGCUCCCUGGACACGGCCAGCCAGCCCCCUGCCCACACGGACUGCAGCCGCACUAGGGGGCAGGGAGCAGAGAGACUGGGGCACGCCCUUGCCUUUAAAGCCAGCAGGCAGUAUGCCGCCCUGGCCGACGUCCCUAAGGCCGUCAGGAUCAGCCACCGAGAAGCCUUCCAGGUGGAGAGAAGGCGGCUGGAGCGUAGGACUCGGGCACGGAGCCCUGGCAGGGAAGAGGUGGCCCGUCUGUUUGGCAGUGAGCGGAGGAGGUCACAGGUCAUUGAGAAGUUCGAGGCCUUGGACAUUGAGAAGGCAGAGCACAUGGAGACGAGCACAUCCGCUGGGCCCUCGCCAUCGGGGGACACGCGUCAGGGCCGCAGCGAGAAGAGGGCCUUCCCCAGGAAGCGGGACCUCACCAGCGAAGCCCCCACAGCUCCGCUUCCGGACACCUCGGCUUCCCCCCUGUCUCCACACCGAAGAGCCAAGUCACUGGACAGGAGGUCCACGGAGUCCUCCCUGACGCCCGACCUGCUGAACUUUAAGAAAGGCUGGCUCACCAAGCAGUACGAGGACGGCCAGUGGAAGAAGCACUGGUUUGUCCUUGCUGAUCAGAGCCUGAGAUACUACAGGGACUCUGGGGCUGAGGAAGCAGCUGACUUGGACGGCGAAAUCGACCUGUCCACGUGUGUGAACGUCACAGAGUAUCCAGUCCAAAGAAACUAUGGCUUUCAGAUACACACAAAGGAGGGUGAGUUCACACUCUCUGCCAUGACCUCUGGGAUCCGGCGGAAUUGGAUCCAGACCAUCAUGAAGCACGUCCAUCCGACCUCUGCCCCAGAUGUGACAAGCUCACUGCCCGAGGAGAAGAACCGGAGCACCGCCGCCUUUGAAGCCUGCCAGAGGCCGAGUGAGAAGCAGGAGGCGGAGCAUGGGGAGCCGGACCCCGAGCAGAAGAGGAGCCGGGCUCGGGAGCGGCGGCGAGAAGGGCGCUCCAAGACCUUUGACUGGGCCGAGUUCCGCCCCAUCCAGCAGGCCCUGGCCCAGGAGCGGGCCAGCAUGUCGGGUGCCCCCAGCCUCAGUCCUGAGGUGGAGUCCGGCGAGCUGGAGCGGGAGCGUGCCCGGCGGCGGGAGGAACGGCGCAAGCGCUUUGGGAUGUUGGAUGCUGUGGACGGCCCCGGUGCUGAGGACGCAGCCCUGCGGAUGGAAGUGGACCGAAGCCCGGGGCUGCCUGCGGCCACUGACCUCAAGACCCAGAAUGUCCACGUGGAAAUCGAGCAGCGGUGGCACCAGGUGGAAACCACCCCCCUCCGGGAAGAGAAGCAGGUGCCCAUUGCCCCCCUGCAUCUGUCGUCUGAGGGCGGAAGUGACCGGCUCUCCACCCACGAGCUCACCUCCCUGCUGGAGAAGGAGUUGGAGCAGAGUCAGAAGGAGGCCUCUGACCUUCUAGAGCAGAACCGCCUCCUGCAGGAGCAGCUCCGGGUGGCCCUGGGCCGAGAGCAGAGCGCCCGGGAGGGCUAUGUUCUGCAGACUGAAGUGGCCACCUCCCCCUCCGGCGCCUGGCAGAGGCUCCAUAAAGUCAACCAAGAUCUCCAGAGUGAGCUGGAGGCCCAGUGCCAGCGCCAGGAGCUGAUCACACAGCAGAUCCAGUCUCUGAAGCGUAGCUAUGCGGAGGCCAAGGACGCCAUCCGGCACCAUGAGGCGGAGAUCCGCAGCCUCCAGGCGAGGCUCAGCAAUGCUGCCGCUGAGCUGGCCAUCAAGGAGCAAGCGCUGGCCAAACUCAAGAGCGACCUGAAGCUGGAGAAGGACAAGGUCCGAGAGCAGCUGGAGGAGUGGCAGCACAGCGAGGCCACGCUGAGUGGGCAGCUGCAGGCCAGCGAGCAGAAGCUCAAGAGUGCAGAGGCCCUGCUGCUGGAGAAGACGCAGGAGCUGCGCGACCUGGAGAUGCAGCAGGCGCUGCAGAAGGACCGGCAGAAGGAGGUGCAGAGGCUGCAGGAGCGCAUCGCCGACCUCAGCCAGCAGCUCAGCGCCAGCGAGCAGGCCCAGCGGCUGAUGGAGGAGAAGCUGCAGCGGAAUUACGAGCUGCUGCUAGAGAGCUGCGAGAAGGAGAAGCAGGCCCUGCUGCAGAACCUGAAGGAGGUGGAGGAUAAGGCCUGCGCCUACGAGGACCAGCUGCAGGACCACGAGCAGCAGAUGGAGGUGCUGCAGAAGGAGAAGCUGAGCGCCAAGUUCGAGGGCAGCGAGGUGGUGCACCGGCUGGAGGAGCAGCUGGAGAUGAAGGAGGCCAGCAUCCAGAAGCUGGCCGAGCACGUGCAGAGCCUCCGCCAGGAGCGCGACCAGAUUCGGCAGCGGUUCCAGGAGCUGGCCGAGCGUGCCGCUCAGUCAGACGGGGACGUGGCCGCACUCCAGGAGAAGCUCCGAGAGAGAGAGGCGGACUACCAGAGCCUGGAGCUCUCGUACAGGAGGGCAGCCGGCCAGCUGCAGAGCUUGCAUGCAUUGCUGAAGGACAAGGAGGAGGAGCUGAAGCAGAUCAAGGAAAUGCACCAGAAAGUGCUAGAAAAGAAAGACCAGGACCUCAACAAGGCUUUGGUUAAAAUGGUUGCUUUGGGGAGCAGCUUAGAGGAAACAGAAGUGAAGCUCCAGGCAAAGGAAGAGAUUUUAAGGAAAUUGGCAAAGGAGUCCUCAGAGGUCACAGAAGGGCCCCCGAAUGCCCCGGAAGAAGCUGAGGGGGACAGUGUCCUGCCUGGAGGCCCCCAGCCGCCAGCCGCUGGCUUCCCACCCUCAAGACUCGAGGAGGAAGACCCUGGGGCUGCCCUGGGAGAGGAAAACAGUGAUGGCAGCCCCAGGAGAGAAGAGGGGGCUGUGCCCCCCAAGUCAGAAGUGCCUGACAGGGAGGGGCCUAUGCAGAGCAUGGCAAAAGCAGAGCAGGGGAUGCCCUGUGUGAAGAGGCAAAGGAUCCGGUUCUCCACGAUCCAGUGCCAGAAGUAUACGCAGCCUGAGGGCUCCGAGAAGACCUGGACCAGCAGCACGUCUUCCGACACCAGUCAGGACCGCUCCCCCUCCGAGGAGAGCAUGUCCUCCGAGGCGGCCCCCGGCUCGCUCCCUGCCGCCAGUGACUCUGACACCUACCUCUCCAUCAUCCACUCCCUGGAGACGAAGCUCUAUAUCACAGAGGAGAAGCUCAAAGACGUGACAGUGAAGCUGGAGAGCCAGCAGGGCCAGAGCCAGGAGGCCCUGCUGGCCCUGCACCAGCAGUGGGUGGGCACAGAGGCCCGUCUCCGCGAGCAGCUCCGCGCCAGCCUGCUCCAGGUCGGGGCCCUGGCCGCCCAGCUGGAGCAGGAGAGGCAGGCCAGGGCAGAGGCGGUCGAGAGGCAUGUGGGGGAGCUCGGCAACUUCCAGAUCAAGAACAGCCAGGCCCUGGCUUACCUGGAAGACUGCCGGGAGCAGCUCCACGCUCUGCCGGGGCCCGGCCAGGAGGAGGCGUGGACGGCAGUGAGGGCCGGCCCGCUGGUCAGCAUGGAGAGCACGCUCGCCAGUGCCAUCCAGGCCCUGCAGCCCUGCGCCGCCCACGCCCGGCCAGAGGAGGGUGGUGACUUGGAGAAAGGGCAGCUGGCGCCACAGCCACCGGUGCUGCCGCCUGAGCUGCUGCCGCAAGAGCAGCUGAAGCUCCUUUCGGAUCAAAUCGCACUGGAAGCCUCGCUGAUCAACCAAAUAGCCGACUCCCUGAGAAGCACCUCGGCAGACAUCGCGCAGGUCCUGCAGGAGAUCUCGCAGGCGGCGGCGUGUGAAAGCGCCGCCCUCCACCCCAGCGUCCCUGCAGACGCCUGGGCGAGGAAGGUGUUGGUGGAUGGAGAAUUCUGGAAGCAGGUUGAGUCCCUGAGUAAGCACCUAGGGACAUUGUGUGGAGAGGCUGCUGGUGGGUCCAGAGGUGACCAACGGAGCCUCCCGCAGGCCCUGAUCCCUGCCCUGGCCGACGCCACGUGGGUCAGGGCUGAGCUCAGUUUCGCUGUGCAGUCGGUGAGGCUGUCCUUCCAGCAGAGGCUGCAGCGCCUGCAGGAGACCCUCCAGGGCACCCAGGCAGCACUGCAGCAGCACCGGGAGGUUCUGGGCCGGAUCCUGGGCGCGUACCAGACGCCAGACUUCGAGGAAGUCAUGCAGCAGCUCUCGGGAGCCCUCAGGCUUCCAGCAGGCGGUGAGGACAGUGCACGAGGGUCCUGGGACUUGAGCCUGCUGGCAGGGGGUGCUUUCCAAGAUGCAGCUGGCCACCAAGAGCCCUCCUCCCUGUCCACCCAGUGUUCUGGGGCUCUCAUUUCUAUCCAGGAAGAACUCGCCCUGCAGCUUAAAGACAGAGCCAGCCUCUUGGGGCAGAUUUCUGCCUCUCUGGCCACUCUUGCCCCUGUGGAAUCUGUGAGAGAUUGUCAGAAGCUUCUCCAGGCAUCACAGACUCUCUCCUAUAACGCUUGUCUGGGAGGCCUCGGUCAGUACUCUUCGUUGUUGGUUCAGGAUGCCAUUAUUCAGGCUCAGGUGUGUUAUGCCGCCUGCAGAAUUCGGCUCGAGUACGAGAAGGAGCUCCAGCGCCUCAAGGAGUCCUGGCAGGGCCGGGGCGUCUCGUGCCAGGAGCACGUGCAGGCUGUCGGGGCGCUCAGAGAGGAGUACGAGGAGCUGCUCCGGAAGCAGAAGAGUGAGUACCUGGAGGUGAUCGCCAUCGUUGAAAGGGAGAACGCAGAGCUGAAGGCCAAGGUGACCCAGCUGGACCAGCAGCAGAGGUGCCUGGCCGAAGCGGAGAGCAAGCACAGUGAGAACAUAUCUGCCCUGCAGGGGAGGUACGAGGAGGAGCUGCGCUGUGUGGUGGCCCAGCUGGGCCGAGCCGAGAACACGCUGCAGGCCGAGCACAGCCUCAUCCUGAGCCAGCUUGACGCCUCGGUCCGAGACCGGCAGGACCUGGAGAGGCACCACGUGGAGCAGAUGCAGACCCUCGAGGACAAGUUCCAGCUCAAGAUCAAAGAGCUGCAGACAAUCCACGAGGAGGAGCUGAGGACCUUGCAGGAGCACUACUCACAGAGCCUGCAGUGCCUGCACGAGGCCCUGCACCACUGCCAGCAGCAGCGCCAUGGGGCCCUGCCUGCGCCCGCGCCCAACACUCCGCAGCCCCUCUCCUCCGGGGCAGCCCUGCAGGGGCCGGCCGGGGAGGCCGACUGCACGGUUGGCCUGAGAGAGCGCAUCCAGGAGCUGGAGGCCCAGAUGGACGCCAUGCGGGGGGAGCUGGAGCAUCGGGAACUGGAGGGUAGCACGGCCGCCCUGCGGGAGAAGUACCAGAGAGACUUUGAGAGCCUGAAGGCUACGUGUGAGCGCGGGUUCGCAGCGAUGGAGGAGACGCAUCAGAAGAAGAUCGAGGAUCUUCAGAGGCAGCACCAGCGGGAACUGGAGAAGCUGCGGGAAGAGAAGGACCGGCUCCUGGCUGAGGAGACCGCAGCCACCAUCUCAGCCAUUGAAGCGAUGAAGAACGCCCACCGGGAGGAGCUGGAGCGGGAGCUGGAGAAGAGCCAGCGCUCCCAGAUCAGCAGCGUCAACUCGGACAUCGAGGCCCUGCGGCGGCAGUACCUGGAGGAGCUGCAGUCGGUGCAGAGGGAGCUGGAGGUGCUGUCGGAGCAGUACUCCCAGAAGUGCCUGGAGAACGCCCACCUGGCCCAGGCGCUGGAAGCUGAGCGGCAGGCCCUGCGGCAGUGCCAGCGCGAGAACCAGGAGCUCAACGCCCACAACCAGGAGCUGAAUAACCGCCUGGCCGCAGAGAUCUCACGGUUACGGACGCUGCUGACAGGGGACGCUGGCGGGGAGGCUGCGGGCUCGCCGCUCGCCCAGGGCAAGGACGCCUAUGAGUUAGAGGUCUUAUUGCGGGUCAAAGAAUCGGAAAUCCAGUACCUAAAGCAGGAGAUUAGCUCUCUCAAAGAUGAGCUACAGACAGCAUUGCGGGACAAAAAGUAUGCCAGUGACAAGUACAAAGACAUCUACACGGAGCUCAGCAUUGUGAAGGCCAAAGCCGACUGCGACAUCAGCAGAUUGAAAGAGCAGCUGAAAGCAGCCACAGAAGCACUGGGUGAAAAGUCACCGGACAGCGCGCCCGUGUCGGGCUAUGAUAUAAUGAAAUCUAAAAGCAACCCUGACUUCUUGAAGAAAGACCGAUCCUGUGUUAGCCGACAGCUCAGAAGCAUCAGGUCCAAGAGUCUGAAGGAAGGCCUGACGGUGCAAGAACGCUUGAAGCUCUUUGAAUCCAGGGACUUGAAGAAAGACUAGCUGUGUCCCAGGGACCUGAACACGCACCUCCCGCUGGCGGCAGCACCACCCUCACGCUGCUUUUGUCUGUACCUUUAUUUUUUACCAUUAUUGUUGUUGUCAUCAUUAACUGUGGGUGUGGAUGCAUGAGAGACUGGCUUAUGGGUGUUCGCACAUUCCCUGCUGUUAGUUACGACUUCUGUUGUGUUCUAUGGAAGCUUCUUCUCCAUGGCAUUCAGUUAGCUCCAAGUGGGGGCUGGAGGGCCAGCGGGCCAGGCAUCUGUUAAGCUCCCCUCCCUGCCGUCCCCCCCACCAUCACUGUCAGUAUUAAGGCCCAGCAGCCUGGAUAAGCUAGCGCUAUCCCCUGCGACCGUGUCACGUGGGGGGAGAGCAAGCCGUUGGGUGUGGUUCUGCCUGGCUCAUAGCACGACAGCCGCUGGCCGCUGGAGCUAGGCCCAGGCUGGAGGCGCGGCCAUGCAGCUGGAGAGAGGCUGCCCACCACCUUUGUCCGAGAGGAGGACAGCAUUUCCUCUUAUUCCACGAAAUCGAUGUAGAACCGCUCACAGAUCAUCAUGGUGAACCUUUCACAACCUGGAAAAUGUGGGAAAGCAGACAUUCCCUAUUUUUGUUUGUUUUAUUAUUAAAUCUUGCACAAAAUCCCCGACCCUCUCAUUACUUCCUGUGGUCCCUCCCUCUUGGUCAGCAGUAACCCUGGUCAUCCCCUGACCACCUGGAUUGCUGACCUGCAGCCUCGGGCCUCAGACUGAUGGCAGAGGAUGGAUUCCUCCAGGGGGUCACUUGAUAGGAAAGAUGAUUCAUUUCUCUGACCUUGCUGGAAGCGACCCCAUGGUGCUGGUGAAGAGGUUGCGGGAAGGAAGAGUCGGGGAUGUGGAGUGGAGUGAGACACACCAUGGCUGAGUGUUGGCGAACAGGCUCCUGGGACGCCCUCGCAGCACUUACAGAGCCUGGGGGACCCAGAGGAACAGCUUUGCUUUUUGAGCAGUUUAGGAUCUUUUACAUGAGCACAAAAACAUUCUGUAGCACUUCUUAAAAAAAAGUCUCAAAUUGGGCUUUCUGUUAUGGUCCCAUGAAAGCUAUCGAUCCCGUUAACACUAGAAUUACCAACAAAUGUGAGCCACAUUACAGCCAGCCCCGCCUCCUUCUGAGCAAGCUGCAGUGUCGGGAGAGAAGCUUGGAGGGGCUGGUUUAUUGCCAAGAAAUAUGCUUCACUGUGGCUUAGCCCUGAGUGGUUUUGUUCCAUGUACAGUGUAAGGCUGAAAUGUGAAUAUCUCGCUGGUUCUCAGUCAAGUUUGCGAGCAGAGUCGUCUGGGAAGAUUCCACAGGCCGAGACUGAGGCUCCCUGCAAGAGCCUCACCUGUAGCUUGUCUUCGCGCCUUCCCUGUCACAGGCCUUCAAGAGUCUUGGGCAGAGCAGAAACCUCGGGGUUUGGGGUGUGUUCUCCACAUGGGGUGCUGUCUCUGCACUGCCACCCCUUUGCUUCUGUGCUUCCAGGUUUGGGUUCUUAGGGAAGUAUUAUGCCAAGGAGGAACUCCAGGGCCCCAUUCUGCAGGGUAUAUAUCCUCUUCCACUGAGAACAUUCCCAGUUUCCAUGUUUCCAAAAGCAAGAAAAGUGCGGGAUCUGUGUUUUCAAGUCCUCCGUCAGAAACGCACCGGCAGUGUUUUUAGAUAAAAGGGGUCUUUACGGGCCUGCAUGCGCUCUCUGCACAGCGGCUGCGCCUGCAGCUGUCCCUUCCGCCUUGCUGGGCCUGGCCUCUGCCUGCCUCUGCCCUCCAGCGCCCCGCCCUGAGGUUCCAGUCAGGCUCCAUCUGUUUAGACCAUGGAAGAGGGUUUGGAACUGACCAAGCUCUGAGGGAAUGCCUUCAGCAUGCGGCUGGGGAAGGGCUGCCGUUCACUGGGACCGCAGGCUUCGGGGUCUGCCCGCACAGAGAUGACCAGCGUGUAAGCUGUCCAGAAGAUGGGGGGACUGCCAAUAGCAAAAAAGCAGUGGCCGCUGCAGUCUCCCCCAAACACUUUAUGUUCCUUUCCUGGCAUUUCUGAGUGUCCCAACAUCUACUACCUGGCUCAAAACCAAGUCUGCGCUUCCCGGGACAUCUCAUCCACCUGGCAGAUAAGCCAGCAGAAUGCAGAGGAUUCACUUCCUGCUCAUGUUCUCCCACGCUCCCCCUGCUGGGCUCCCCACCGUGUCCUCCAUGUCACUUUGAUGGCACCCAAAACCUAGCCAGGAAGUUAGACACUGAAUAGCAGGAAGAAAUUUUCUAAUGGGAGAUUGGUUUGGUUUCUGUGCUGGCAGAGGGAGGCCCUCCCAGGGCCGAGCCACCCCCAUGGACUGCAGCCAGGCCAGCCCGUGUGGCUUGCCCCUCCCGCUGCACCCUGCCACACCCACAGUGGGAUUCGCCCUCGGCCUGGUGAGGGAGCUGUUAGCACAAGUGGGCUUUCACGGUUGUAAUUAUUUUCCUGUAAAUAUUCAUUACUUCAUUUGUAAUCUGCUAGCACCUGCAAGUAAGCUGUGCUAAACAUAUUAUUGGGAUAAAAACUAAACAAUUCGACUUGGUUUGACCGCUUUUGUGAAUCUAUGCAUGAAUUAGUGUGCGCAUGCCCGCACAUAAAAGGGACACUGCUUUCUGCUGAUGGGGUUCCUUUGCCAGUGGGUGAAGUGCCCGCAGCUGGGCACAUCAGGACAUUAGAAGUUCAGGUGCCCCUCACAGUUGCAGCCUCCCACAGAGAUGCUGCUGAGGGGGCACUGGAAACAGACUCCCACCCCAGGCAUCGAAGUGAAUCUGAGUGGAGGAAACGGUGUGGCCCGCUGGGGUGAUGUGGAGGCCAAGAGGGAAGGUGUGGUUUUGUGAAGAGCGAAGAGCAGAGGCCCCUUCCCAUAGCCCAGCAAAUUAAGGACAGAGAAGGGGGCAGGUCUGCGUCCGCUGAGAUCUGGGCCCUGCUGCUCAGCAUGGAGAGGCAGCAGGUGCCAUUGGUCCACUCUGGCUGGGCUGGUGCAGGCACCUGGGGGUCUUGUCCCGUCUCCUUCCUGUACCCCAUCCUCACCUCCCAGCACUGCCUAGCACAGUUCCACUUAGGGAAAAGAAGGUAACUAUUAGUAUUUCUUUGUUUUGAAAAUAAAACUUGCUCAUCAUUGUCUGAAAAACUUGGAAAUGAACCCUUUCCCGAAAACGAAAUACUAAAUUCAGUGACCCCUCCCUCCUAUCACCAAGAAAGGGGGAAUUUUUAGCAUGUUCAGUUUUACAAAGGACAGGGAAGAGGAGUGUAUUUUAAAGGAAUUAAAUAUAAAGGAACAUUUGGCACUUUAAUUGCAAGUGGUUUGUUGUUUUGUUUUGCCCAGUCAUUCAGAAUGCAUCCGCCUAAGAAUCAUAAGAUAUCGCACUGUUUUGUGUUAAGAAGAAAUCUGCUUUUUUAAGUAGAUUUUGACCCUAGCCCUCUUGCCUUCUCCACUCAGCAGAGAUUCCUGGGCCUUGCCAGUGCCCCGUUAGAAUAGCCUACACCCCUUUUGCAGAGACCUGGGUGAAUGGUGCUUAAAGAAGCACUUUCUCAGGUCUUAAAAUUGAAGUGUGUGCCCCGUGCCCACCUUUCAGACAGUCUUUUCACACUCAGAGUGAAAUCACUAUAACACUUAGCUGGACACUAGGGGACCCGGGGCUCAGAUGCCCCUCUGGCCUUCCCAUAUCCGUCCCUGCGCUGUGAGCUCAGGCCUGGGUCUCCCUCCUGUCACAGCAGCCCCCAUCAGCCCUCACGUGACUCUCAGGAACUGCAUGGUGCCCAUGUGCACUGAUUUCACAAGCCGCGUGUACAGGCGCCUAUGGGCAAGGUCACUUUCCACAGUUCAAAGCUAAAUCAGCCUGCAAUGAGGUCCAGGAAAACCACUUGUAGGUUCUUGAUAGGGAGACAGGACAAAAACACAGUGUGACAGUGAACAGUAUUGAUUCUCUCAUACUUUGUCUGCGGGGAAGACUCGGCAGCCUCUAUCCUUUGCCCUUUAAAGAAUGAUGAGUUAGUUUCAGAUCCUUUUGUCAGAGGAGAGCUCUCCUAAAGUCUUCCAACUGCAACCUCUUGCCUAAGAAGGAGUAAGUAGGCACAGCAGCACCCUGGUGCAGAGCAACUGUCUCGACCUGGCCACACCCUGGGCCCCUGGUCCAGUGCUCCCUGGACAGAGCUGAGAGCUGAAGCCACGCACCUCCUGGCGUCAUGCUGUGUUUGUCUGAAAGCAGCUGUGUUUACUUCCUUCAAAAUAACCUGUAUAUUAGAACAAGAAGUGUAAAUAGUAUCCAGAAGUUACCAUGGGGGGGUUUGUUACAAAGCUUGUGUGCAUUUUUUAAAACUAUCCAGACAUCCCUUUUUAAAAUGGAAACUGUUUUGGGUGCAUCACUGAGCUCCCCAGCCCCUAACAGAACAGAGAAGUGUUUGUAAUGACUGAUAAAUCUUUUUUAAAACUUUGGUCAUUUAACAGAUGGUUUUAAAGAAUGUAUACAGUAUCUAAAAUGACAACUUUGUAUCCAUCUAUUGUUUUUUCAUUGAAAAAGCUCCUAUAAUACAGGUUUCCCCCCACUGUCCAAAAGUAGACUGUUCUUACUUGGUAAGGGAUCUGGGGGACACCCCAAUUUUUUCCACAGAAGCUCAUGGGAGCAGUAUUCCUAGACCCCCCAAAGUAACAUGCCAUACCAAAUAGGAGCGUCCUGCUUUCAGGUAGAGGGGAAGCCCCUAGUCCUGCACAUGGAAGAACAGAGGAGAGGCAGCUGCACCCUGGCCAGGUGCUUUCCAUGGUAACUUACCGUCCUGGGGAGGCUGGUGCUGGCCCGGUCUGGCCUCUCAAGUCUCACUGGGUGGUGCAUGUGGACUCGUCUCUGGGCCAGAUCUCCACAGGGUGCAGACUCAGCGAAUGUAUUCCCUCAGGUUCAGAGGCCUGAGAGUCGGCCUCACUGCUUUCCACAGCAUGGACCAGAUGGGUAAAGAAGCAGGUAGUCACAAAACUACUGAAGAACCACCAUCUGAUCCAAUAGCGGGGCUUGGGAAGUGAGUCCAGCCUCAGAAGAGUGGGACACAGUGAUGUCGCCAGACCCUUCCUGUAGUGCCAGUGACUCCCCAUGGGGGAAGGAGUCUGGGAAAGGCCUGGCAGACACAGGCCACCCACCUGCCACCUACUGCACUGGCCGUGCCCUGGGCUCUGCCCCCUUUACAGUCAUAUCACUUCAAUUUUAUAGGAAGCUAGGAAUAGAUUAUAAACAGCACUAAAUUCACUAUUAUGUUAUACUCAUAUCACAAAACUUCAAAUAAAAAAUGGAUUUAGGAUUUACCUUUAGUAUUACUGACACGUUUACUGACUCGUUAGGAUUCAAAACCAGUUAAGUGCUAAGAAAUCAUUCAUGUGGUUUUCCUAAAUAAUAUUUACAAAAUGUAAAGUUUUUAAGCGGCUCUUAAUCAAUCCCAGUUUCUAAUGAUUUUCCUCACAAAUACACUCUUCUAUCAGGAUUAGUUCCAAUUCAGCUAUUAAAGAAAAAAAAAUACUAAGCCACACUUAAGGGGUUGGGUACAAUAUAUGAACAAAUUGGAAAAUGUGAUUUUUCCUGCUCUGACAAGUUGGGAAAUAAUUCACAGCAGUUGCUUCUGCCACAGCAAUUAUUCCAACAGUCGGACAAUAAACAUUCAAAGAACAAGCAUAUAGGAAUCUCAACGUGUUUGAUUUCUGCACUAACGCUAAGUGGUAAUGUUCACACACUAACGCACUAACGAGCAUGUGCAGAGCAAGCCACGCCCUCCCCACUGCCCCUGGCUCCAGGGCACCCCGCCAGCGCCCACCGGCCAGGCUGCUGCGUGUGUGGGCGGGGAGGCCUGCGGAGAAGAGCCUGGUCGGCUGAGCUGCUCAUUCUUUAACUAGUCAAGAUUUUUUUUUACAAAGUUUUUGAUCCACUGUUCACUACAACUGAAGUGUUAACUUUGUCAAAAUAUUUAUUCCUUUGUGCGACAUGCUAGAUACCCAUGGUUGUAGCUGAUCAUUUCUAUUUUGUAAAUAUUACCUAACUUUACAUAAACUAUAUCAUAAUAAACUAUUUUUGCAUCACCCUUU